CCCGGAAGUGGGUUUGUUUACAGCAGCUGCUCUGGGACGCGGGGGGGAAAAAUGGACAAGAAUGAAGACGUAGUCCAAUCUAACUUGAGUAAAACGCUACUUAUCCGCCAUUUACCAGGGGAGCUCAGCCAGGAUGAGAAGGAGGACCUGCUCAAGUAUUUUGGCGCUGAGUCAGUCCGGGUCUUCUCCAACCGGGGUCCAUUGAAACAUUCAGCAUUUGCAACAUUUAGAAAUGAAAAGUCGGCAGCAAAGGCGCUCAGCAGGCUCCACCAGUUAGAGAUUCUGGAUCGGACACUUGUGGUAGAGUUUGCAAAAGGCCAAGAUAAUAUCACAGUUUUAAAGGACCCACCAGUGUCAGACAGCAAUAAACCUGUCAAAGAAGAGCAGAAAACAAAAGAGCGCAAACAACCAAAUACCCCCCUCAUAGAGACCGGAGUUGCUCCUAGUAUCGGGUUGAAAUUUCAGUCAAAUCCAACAUUGAAAUAUUUAUACCCACCUCCCUCCAAUGGCAUUCUGACAAAUAUAAUACAUGCCCUCAUGGGUGUGCCAAAGUUUUAUGUUCAAGUGCUUCAUCUGAUGAACAAGAUGAAUCUGCCGUGUCCUUUCGGCCCCGUCACAGCCAGACCGCCCAUGUUUCAGAUCCUGCCUCCGGCUCCACCCAUCCCCAUGCCGCCCCCCUUCCCUCCCGACUACCCGCCUCUACCGGAGGAAGACAUGGAGCUGUCCAGCGAGGAAGAGUCCGAGUACGAGAGUGGAGACGAGGAGGACAAAGAGAGGAUUGCUCGUGUGAUGAGUCUGGCCAACCAGGCGUGCAAGAGACCCAUGAGACCAAAAACAGCUUCAAAAAGAAAGAAGCCCAAGAUCAAGGAUCUACUCUAUGUUCCCAAACCCGACUCUCAGAGCGCUCCGAUGCUGCAGCCGUCUGACGUGUUUGAGCAGCCGAACCCCUCUGGUCCAAAGAAAAUCGAAUUCCACAUCUCCGUCCCAGAAGUGGCAUCUGUGGAGGAGGGAAGCGGGCCAGGCCUGCCUGACGACGACCACAACGUGGAGGAGAGGCGGGCGGACCCCGGCGGCAGUCAGGAAGGGACGGCGGCUGAAGGUUUUGGGAAGCUUUACCCGAGCGCGCAGGCACCGCAGGAGCAGAUGGAGCACAGCGACGACGAGCACGACCUCGCCUCCGAUGUCAUCUCGAGGAAGGAGCUGGAGAAAGGACGGCUAUCAAAAGACGAGAUGAAAAGGAUGUCUGUGUUUAAAAAUUAUGAAGCGGGCGAGCCGACCUGCAGACUGUACGUGAAGAACAUCGCCAAGCCGGCGGAGGAGAAGGACCUGAAGUACAUUUACACCAGAUACAUCGACCCGUCUUCAGAAACUGAGAAAAACAUGUUUGACAUCGUGCUAAUGAAGGAGGGCCGGAUGAAAGGCCAGGCCUUCGUCGGACUCCCGAGUGAGCAGAGUGCAGAGAAAGCCCUGCGGGAAACCAACGGCUUCGUGCUCUACGACAAACCCCUCGUCGUCCAGUUUGCACGAUCUGCAAGACCCAAACCAGAAACCACAGACACAAAAAAAGGUCCCAGAAAGCGCUGAGUGAAACAGAUGCCAAGGCUUGAUAUUGUGGCCCAGCAGAACCAUUUGUAUCCUUACUCUGACAUAUCCUUUGGGAGGAAAGAAACUGGGGCACUUUAAUUGCAGUUACUGUGGUGCAGAUAGAGCUGCAGACUCUUCAGCUCGUCUCAGUUUAAACACAUUUAGCACCAUGGUUUGGUUCUGUAGCUUAUUUAUUGUUUCUGAACUGUUUUCUUUGGUUCUUUGGAUCCGUUUCGGCUCCUCUUUCCCCUGACUUCUUCUUUGUUUGGCUGAAUUUCAGGUGGUGCUCAUCCGAUCCGAUCUUCUUCUUUUCCUACAACAUUAAAUAAAAUAUUUUUACAUAAUGA